GAGGUUAUCGUCAUUAGCUCUGUAAUCUGUGGUCGUUAGUUAUCUCUCGUGUGGUUACUUUAUUUUUUUUUUUAUAAUGAAUUACCCUCAAGAAAAUUUGGGUUUUUAUCAAAGGCCCUUCUUUAAUGGAAAACCUUCAUUCUCAAACUCACCCAAUAUGAUAGGAUCCUUUUCUCCAAGAGGGCUACCAUCACGAGGAUUCCCAAGAAGAGGUGGACCGAUUAGUAGGCCUACUUUAGGACAAGGACCUUCAUUCCAAGAUGGAAUGCGUCCUCGAUAUAUGAUGAAUAGAGCACGUCCUUCAUCAAGGCAGUUUGGAUGGGAUCAUAAUGGAUCAGAAGGAACAUUUAAACCAAUGGACUUGACCAAACCUUGGGUAACAGAAACAAUCAAAUCAGAAUUUGCCAAAAAAGAAGAACUCUUGACGAAGGCUAAAUCGACAAAACUGCAAGAAGAUUGGGCAAUGUUCAGGGAACAGAGAAACAAAUGUACAAAUAUGUAUCAUUCUUUACAAAUGGAAUUCAAUAAUCAACAGGAAUGUGAAAAUAUGCAUUUGAGUGAACAAUAUGAUGCAUUUGAUGGAAAGUUUGCAGGAAAUAGAGAGGAAAACUCAGUUUGUACUUCUAGUCAGGUAUAUAUUUUAGCAUGUGAUAGCUGUGAUAGGAGUUUUCCCUCAGAAACAGCAUAUAAUAAACAUAUGUCUGAGCAUAGAGUAUGUGGUUUGGAUGGAUGUACUCUUUCAGCUCAUGAAAAAAUAAUAGAGAAGCACAUACAAAUGCAGCAUUCCACAGGAAUAUUUAAUAAAAUGAAAGAUUUAAAUUCACCAGAAAACAUAGCUAAAUGGAUAGAAGAAAGAAAAUUGAAGUUUCCUUCAAAAGAAAAUAUAAAGAGAAGACACGAGCAACAGGAAGAAUUGUGGAAGAAAGGAAUAAGAAUUGGAGAGAGAAAAAAUAAGUUUGGUCAGGACAAAAAAAGAUUGGUGCGUGAAGAUCGUGUAACAUUCCAAAAAAAACGCGAAACUUUCUUACAGAAAAGAGAAGCUAAAAAGGAUAAGUUUAUUCAGAAACUGCAACCAAAGAUAACCAUUGAUGAUAAGUUGGACUGGAACAAGAAUCUACCACCUUUUCCAGGAAUUGGCAAACUAUUUCAAGUUGAAGUCGAGGAGAAUUUCAUUAUAAGUGAUGAGGAAGAUGAAAGCAUUCGACAGCCAACUAAAAUUAAAGAUUUAGUUGAGGAGAAUUCAUCACUAGCAGCUCUCAUGUCCUAUGGUUCUGAUUAUAGUGAUGAGGAUGAAAGUAAAACAGAAAUUGAGAAAGAGAAAUCCAGUUCACAUGAGAAAAUUGAAGUUAUGAAAGUUGAUAAGAAUUCUGAUGAUGAGGGUCCUUUAGAAAUCAAAAUUGAAAAGACAACAGAGCCUACUUCAACAGAAACAAAAGAUGAACCAAUUAAAAAGAAUAGUAAAAGGAAAAUGAAAAAAAAUCAAGAAACUAAAAAGAAGGAAGUAAGUAAAUUUCCUUAUCAAUUCAAAUAUCGAAAAAUAAGUCAGCUUGAACGAAUCCUAGACAAAGAUAUCAGAAGAGAAAGAAAUAUUAUAUUGCAAUGCGUGAAACACACUGUAGAAAAUGACUUCUACAUGAAAUCAAACUGAACUCCAUACUCUUAAGAAACAAUGACUUUCCAAAACUUACUAGGAUGAGAAUUGGAUUCUCUAUAGAGUCAAAAUGUCAUGAAGAGAUGAUGAAGCUCGAAUCCACAAUAAGUAGUCCUGUUUUUUCAAGAGCAUAGCCUGUCUGUGAUAUUGAUUAUGUUUUUAUAGGAUGUUUUUUCAUUGAAUAAAUUGAGUGACCUAUAGGUUAAGCCAAUA